CGGAGGAAUAUCGGGGGGCGACACAAACCGGUCGGUGGUGGGUUGCAGCAGGUUGGAGAUCUCUCUGCAGACCGCACCAUGCCUCUCUCCGCUCCCGGGCGCCCUGGGACUGAUCGGAUACGCAAAUCGUUGUAAACAAAGCCACUAGGAUCCAGGAAUAUGUGCUAUCACUGCUGUUUGGUGAUGCCUCUGUAGCGUUUCCUUUUUUUUUUUUUUUAAUUUAUUGUUGUGUAUUGACGCGUUUCUGAAUGAAGGACCUGUGCGCUGUGGGAACAUCGGACCGGAAUGCCAACAAGAUUACCCUGCGACUCUAAGAUCCUGCUGUAAAAUUCUACCCUUGGCUUCACCUCCUGACCAUCUUAAUUUCAUUGACUGAAAGACGUAAUCAGCUGAAAGUCUGGUUGAUGACUGUAACGCACCUUCUUCCAAAGUCAUCUGACCCUCCUCCUGUCUCUCCCCAGCAUGGCUAGACGGAGGUUAGACUGCUGUCUUCUGGGCCAGAUGUUUGCUGGCCUAAUCCUGCUAUCAAUAGCGCUAUCUUUUGUCCAGAGCAAUGAGUGCCCCCAGCUGUGUGUGUGCGAGAUCCGGCCCUGGUUUACCCCCCAGUCCACCUACAGAGAAGCCAUCACUGUGGACUGCAAUGACCUUCGCUUAACACGCAUCCCGGGGAACCUCUCCAGUGACACUCAGGUUCUCCUCCUACAGAGCAACUAUAUUGCCAGAACCAGCGAGGAGUUGGAGCAGCUCUUCAAUCUCACUGAGCUGGACUUGUCGCAGAACAACUUCAGUAGCAUUCGAGAUGUUGGCCUUAUCAAUAUGUCCCAGCUCACCACGCUUCAUCUGGAGGAGAACCAGAUCACAGAAAUGCCAGAUUACUGUCUGCAGGACCUCAGCAACCUGCAGGAACUCUACAUCAACCACAAUCAGAUCAACACCAUCUCCGCCAAUGCCUUUUCUGGGCUUCACAAUCUGCUCAGACUUCACCUCAAUUCAAACAAGCUCAAGACCAUCAACAGCCAGUGGUUCGAAUCGACACCCAAUCUGGAGAUCCUCAUGAUUGGGGAGAACCCUGUUGUUGGAAUUAUGGACUUUAAUUUCAAGCCACUGGGCAACCUGAGGAGCCUGGUUUUGGCUGGGAUGGAUUUGACAGACAUCCCUGGAAAUGCCUUAGUGGGACUUGACAAUCUUGAGAGCCUCUCGUUCUAUGACAAUAAGCUGGUCCGAGUUCCUCAGAGAGCCCUCCAGAAACUACCGAACCUCAAGUUCUUGGAUUUGAACAAAAACCCAGUGCACAAGAUUCAGGAAGGAGAUUUCAAGAACAUGCUGAGACUGAAGGAGCUGGGUAUAAACAACAUGGGAGAGCUGGUUUCUAUUGACCGCUAUGCUUUGGACAACCUUCCUGAGCUCACUAAACUGGAGGCGACAAACAACCCCAAGUUCUCUUACAUCAACCGUCAGGCCUUUCGUGACGUUCCAGCUUUGGAGAGUCUGAUGCUGAACAACAAUGCCCUGAAUGCCCUCUAUCAGUCCACGGUGGACUCGCUCCCCAACUUGCGCGAGAUCAGCAUCCAUAGCAACCCCCUCCGCUGUGACUGCGUCAUCCAGUGGAUGAGCUCCAACAAAACCACAGUUCGCUUUAUGGAACCACUAGCAAUGUUUUGCGCCAUGCCAACAGAGGUCAGGGGUUUGCAUGUGCGGGAGGUGUUGCAGAACAACUUGGCAAACCAGUGCUUGCCCAUGAUUUCCCAUGAUACCUUCCCCAACCACCUCAAUUUAGACAUUGGGAUGACCGUGGACUUGGACUGCAGAGCGAUGUCCCAGCCUGAACCUGAAAUCUACUGGGUCACGCCAAUGGGGAACAAGGUAAUGAUUGACACCCUGUCUGACAAGUACAGCCUCAACAGUGAAGGGACAUUGAGAAUUUCUCAUAUCCAGGUGGAAGACUCUGGCAGAUACACCUGUGUGGCCCAAAACUCGGAGGGAGCUGACACAAGAGUAACAGCCAUCCGGGUGAACGGCACUCUGUUAGACAGCACACAGCUCAUGAAGAUCUACGUCAAACAGACAGAAUCUCACUCAAUACUUGUCUCCUGGAAAAUAAAUUCAAAUGUAAUGACGUCUAACCUCAAGUGGUCGUCCGCAACCAUGAAAAUAGACAACCCACAUAUUACUUACACUGCCAGGGUACCGGUGGAUGUCCACGAGUACAACCUUACACAUUUACAACCAGCAACUGAGUACGAGGUGUGCCUGACCGUCUCCAACAUCCACCAACAAACGCAAAAGUCAUGCGUGAACGUGACGACGAAGCAAGCGGCCUUCGCUGUGGAAAUAUCCGAUCAAGGGACCAACACUGCUCUUGCAGCAGUCAUGGGAACAAUGUUUGCAAUCAUCAGCCUGGCCUCACUGGGUGUGUACAUCGCCAAGAGGUGGAAGCGGAAAAACUAUCACCAUUCCCUAAAAAAGUAUAUGCAGAAAACCUCGUCAAUACCACUAAAUGAGUUGUACCCGCCUCUUAUCAACUUGUGGGAGACAGACAGUGAGAAGGAGAAGGAGGGCUCCUCCGAGACCAAGCCCAGCCAGGUGGACACCACACGCAGCUAUUACAUGUGGUGAGAGCUGCUUUCCGGUGGAAGAUGCAGAGACAUGUUUGUUUCAGGAGCACAAAUAUACAUACUUGCUUCUUUGUGUAAGAGUGACACUAAGCUUUUUUUUUUCUUUUCAUAUUUCCUUUUUGUUUUAUUCGGUUCUCUCAGACUGAAGCGAACAAUGAACCGACAUUUUCAGAUCUCUAGUUUAGCUUACUGCCUUUUUACCUCUCGCCCAUUUUGACAAACGAUUAUGGCAGCUUUGUUUAGCUUCCUGGACUUUAGUAGUCACUGUGCUUUACUUUUAGUACUCGUUUUGAUGAACACAGCAUGAGCAUUGUCACGGAUUCAGUGUGCGCCAGCGAAGGAAAAGCUGAAAUCUGAUCCGUUUUCGACAUGUUUCUCUGGCAGAACUAUUAGUGACUGCGAUCUUUCUUUCUCUUGUAAAACAGUUUCACUGUUGACUGUUGUGCACUGAAAUAUAUAUACUAAUUUGUCUAUCAACUCAAAUGUAAGCUGACAAAGUACGUUUAGACUUGAUAUACUGUCUAUUGAAUAAUGUUAGAAAUUCUUCUGUAAUGUUGUAUCAGCUAUGAUUUCAUUUACUUUUUGUACAUUAAAAUAACAAUACGUUUAAUUUAGACUUUACGUUUGCAGAGCAACUACUGUAAACCAGCAAUAGGAAUAUGAAUGUUACAAACUAGGUAAAUAGAUGUAAGGCUUUUUAAAUUUCUUAAAUAUUUUGUUUCUUAUUUUGCUAGAAUAUGUCUACAAUCACUGGUUUUGUUGUGAUUUACACACACAAACAUGUUGUUUAUUGAGGAGCAAGUUAAAUAAAAUCUUCUUUCCUCGUAUUUUUUAAACCAUGA